CUCACUCGACCCCGGGCUGCGCCGCAGACGGCAGCAGCUCCCGCUCUGCCCGAGCCGCCUGACCGCCGGGCCGGGGUGCUAACCGCGGGUCCCUCCAGCCCGCCGGCCCGGCCAGCCCAGCCCAGCCCGGCGGCCCGCAGCCUCGCCGCCCGCCGCCCCCCGCCGUCGCCGCGUUGCCAAAACAAACGGGCCGGCCUAUUUAUUGGCGGCCGACGAGCCGGGCAGCUCAGAGUCGAGGCGCCGAGGGGGACAGCACGCCGCCACCAGCCAGGGCCCCGGGCCCCCGCCCCGCACCUGAGUCCCGCCGGCCUUGAGCCGCGCCGCGCUGCCCAUGGCGCCCCCGCCUGGAGUCCCCAAGAGCCACCCAGACGCCUGAGCCCCCAAAGCUCUCCCAGCCACGAGCCCACCCAUCAGCCCACCAGGCGCCCUCGCCUGCCGCUCUCCCGGGCUACCCGGCCAUGUCUCCCGCCUGGCUCCGGCCCCGACUGCGGUUCUGUCUGCUCCUGCUGCUGCUGCUGCUGGUGCCCGCGGCGCGGGGUUGCGGGCCGGGCCGGGUGGUGGGCAGUCGCCGGAGGCCGCCUCGCAAACUCGUGCCGCUCGCUUACAAGCAGUUCAGCCCCAACGUGCCGGAGAAGACCCUGGGCGCCAGCGGGCGCUACGAAGGCAAGAUCGCGCGCAGCUCGGAGCGCUUCAAGGAGCUCACCCCCAACUACAACCCCGACAUAAUCUUCAAGGAUGAGGAGAACAGCGGGGCUGACCGCCUGAUGACCCAGCGUUGCAAGGACCGUCUGAAUUCGCUGGCUAUCUCUGUCAUGAACCAGUGGCCAGGUGUGAAGCUACGGGUGACCGAGGGCUGGGAUGAAGAUGGUCAUCAUUCAGAGGAAUCUUUACACUAUGAGGGCCGUGCAGUGGACAUCACCACCUCUGAUCGCGACCGGAAUAAGUAUGGACUGCUGGCGCGCUUGGCAGUGGAGGCCGGCUUCGACUGGGUGUAUUACGAGUCCAAGGCCCACGUGCAUUGCUCUGUCAAGUCUGAGCAUUCGGCUGCCGCCAAGACCGGUGGCUGCUUCCCUGCUGGAGCCCAGGUGCGCCUAGAGAACGGGGCACGUGUGGCCCUGUCAGCUGUGAAGCCAGGAGACCGGGUGCUGGCCAUGGGGGAGGAUGGGAACCCCACCUUCAGUGAUGUGCUCAUUUUCCUGGACCGUGAGCCAAGCAGGCUGAGAGCUUUCCAGGUCAUCGAGACCCAGGAUCCCCCACGUCGGCUGGCACUCACGCCUGCCCACCUGCUCUUUAUUGCUGACAAUCACACAGAACCAGCAGCCCACUUCCGGGCCACAUUUGCCAGCCACGUGCAGCCAGGCCAAUAUGUGCUGGUAGCAGGGGUGCCGGGCCUACAGCCUGCUCGGGUGGCAGCUGUCUCCACCCAUGUGGCCCUUGGGUCCUAUGCUCCACUCACAAGGCAUGGGACAUUGGUGGUGGAGGAUGUGGUGGCCUCCUGCUUUGCAGCUGUGGCAGACCACCACCUGGCUCAGUUGGCCUUCUGGCCCUUGCGACUGUUUCCCAGCUUGGCGUGGGGCAGCUGGACCCCAAGUGAGGGGGUUCAUUGGUACCCUCAGCUGCUCUACCGCCUGGGGCGUCUCUUGUUAGAAGAGAGCAGUUUCCAUCCACUGGGCAUGUCCGGGGCAGGAAGCUGAAAAGACUCUAACCCCUGCCCUCCUGGAACUGCUAUGCUGGGUCCAAAUGCCUCCUCACCAGGAAGGCUCUGACCUUGGAAGGCACCUGGCCUGCGGAUACUUGUCUCCAUACUCUGUCCGGAGUGGAGACACCAUUGAGACUUGACCAGGUGGUGCUGGGCCCCAUGCCCUCAUUUUGGUGUAGUGGUAGAGCUGUGAACUAAGCUGACAAGGGGUGGUAGGCUCUCUUUUUCCAGAGACCUUGAAACCCAACUAGCUCUUACUGCGAUUCUUCACAGCCCACCUCCGUGCACAGGGAGGACCCAUUCCAUCUGUCUGUGGACUGCUUACCCCAGUUUUCCUGGGGCCUGGGUUUGUGACUUCACUGUUGGCAACUGAUCACAGUAUGAAGAGAGUCUGCCCAUAGGUGGGCUUACACCUCAGUCAAUGCUGCUAGAUUCCCUAGGAGCCAGAGGGGAGCUGGCUGGACUCAUUGCCUCCCAGAACUGAAAGACCACAGCCAGCCUGGCCAGCCUGAAACAUGACCUUCUCUGAAGGCCACACUCCUGCAGAUAUAUCCCCAGACUUCACUGUCAAUGGGCAGAGUCUCUGUUCCAGGCAAUGCGACCCUAGUACCUGGCACUGGGGGAGGAGCCUGGGUGACCUUGCCACCCUUGCCCAGACUAAGCUCCCUUUUCUGCUGAACCACAACCCCACCCCCUCCUCCAGUCUGUCUCCCUCACCUUAUUUAUUUUCAUGGAGGGGGAACCCAUGGGACAAUUUUGGGAAUGUUUUGGUCUUUCCUUUCUUUUGUAAUAAAAAUUAUUUAAAUUGUUAGA